UCGCAGCUGUACGCCUCUAACCCUGGCCUCUACCUUCCUGCAGUCUCCUCUCCCCAUGCCUUCUCUCUCUCUUACUUAUUCUGUCAUUGGAUUUAGGGCCUACCUGGAUAAUCCAGGAUGCUCUAAAUAGCCUUAAUUCCAUCUGCAAAGAGGCUUUUUCCAAAUGUGGUCACACGGACAGGUUCCAGGGCCUAGGACAUGGACACAGCUUUGGGGGGAGUAUUCAGUCCAAUACAAAGGGUCACUGUAAGUCUCGGGGACAAAGCCGCCUAGAAAGAGUGGGCCCAGGAGCCCAGCCACGCAGGAAGCGCUCUGUAAACAGGGUGGUUUUCACCAUGAGUGAUGUGACAUGUUUAUCAAGAAAUAAAUUACAAUAAAAACAGAUGACAGUAAAGUUGUGCACAAGCAACAGCGAGGGCAAAGCAGACGUGGGCGGGGUGGAGGGCCUGCCAGGGGGAGGGGAGAUGGACAUGGAGGGAGCUUCCUGAGGGGAGGAAGGGCAGGCCAAGAGCUAAGACCAAGGGCGCUAGCCAAGGCGUGGGGAGGGUGGGGGGCUGUGGGGAGAACGCUCCGGGCGAGGGAGCUCCGACCAGGCCCCGGGUGCGCGCCACUGUGGGUUUUCUGCCACAGGCGCUGGGAGGUCUGAGCACGAUGUCCCACUGCAUGCGGCCACACCAGCAGGGAGGGGAGUAGUGUCAGCAGGCAGGAACCAGAGGGAGGAAGACAUUUUUCAAGGCCUCCUGUGGCUUGACAGGCAUCUCGGGCUCACAAGAAUACCAGGAAGGAAGGGACGACGUCCCUCUGUCAGAUAAGGAAACAAGGCCUUGAAAACCAAAAUGAUCUGCCCAAGAUGGGACAUCAGCGCAAAGCGGGAUCUGAACCCAGUCCUAAAUCUCUCGGCUUUAAACCCUGCUGGGGUGGGGGGCUUGCCAGGCAGCCCCAGGACCACCAUCAGUCCAUUUGGCUACUCUCGUCAUCCAUCCAUCCAUCGCCAGCCACCCAAUGAGCCAGCCUAUCACACCGCCCAUGCACGAGUCACCGGCCUUGCCGACCCCCGCCCCCGCUCUGCUGGGCUCAGGGCUGUGCUCCUGGCUUCCAGCCACCUGCGAGGAAUAGGAACCAGAGCUGGGAUGCUUGGAGGAUGGGCUGGCCCUGAGGUACGCGCUGGACAUAGAUCCUCUCGUUGACUUUGCCCAACGUCCCCAUGUAGGGGAUGCAGGGAUUCUUAUGUCCCCCAUCUACAAAGACAGGGGCUGGGGUUUGGUGAGGUGAAUGCCCAGGGGAGGGAGCAGAAGGAAAGGAAGCAGCAGAUCUGGGAUGUGGACCCCAGGGUCACUCCUCUCAACCAACGAUGGGAGGACCCCAGAUGCCCUCUGAAAGCUGCCCCCGCCCCCGUGGGAUAGGGUUAGGGGAAGGGCAGGGUGCUCUGUCCCAGUCAGGCCACAUCUGUUACACCCCUGAGGCCUGUGCCAUCACAAUCGGUCCCGACUAUAUAACCAGGGGCUGCCAGGGCCUCUGUGAAGCUGGGUGUGCCCGAAGAGGAGGAAGAGGAGGAGGCUCUGCCCCUCCAAGCGCGGCCUCCCAUGGACACCAAGACUCAGAGCCUUCCCAACGCCCACACCCAGCCCCAUAGCAACUCUGGGCCCCAAAGCCACGCCUGCAACCAGUGCAGCUGCAGCCACCACUGCCAGAACUGCAGCCAGAGCUGCAGCCGAAGCCAGAGUUGCAGCCGGAGCCGGAGCUCCAGUCAGAGUCCAACAGGCCACCGCAGUCUACCUGGCCACCAGAGCCAGAGUCUGAGCCCCAGCCCAUCACCAAGGCAUCGCAAACGUGCCAUGCACUCCCACCGCUGCCCCUCUCGGCCCGGCACCCGCUCCUGCAGCCACUCCAAGAAAAGGAAGAACGUGGAGGGGAAGGCGAACAAGAGGAAGGGAAUCAAGAGGAGCCAGCAGGUGUACAAAACUAAGAGGCGGAGCUCAGGGCGAAAAUACAACUGAGAAGACACCCCAAGGCUUGUUCCUGUGUCGGUUUCACCCAGAUGAGAAACGCCAUCACACGUGGAAUGCUAGAUGGAAGAAGUCAAACUUUUGGCAGGAACAUGUUACUACAUUGAUUUCUAUGCAACAUUGAGUAAAGCUUGUACACGGGAUGACUUA